AUAAGCAUUUUAGUUAUUCCUGUAAAACCUUCUUUCCCCAAUAAGGGAACGCUGCGGGAAACCUACAGUGCGCAUGCGCAUUCGCUCCGCCUGUCUCUGGCAACAUGGCGGCCCCCGUAGACCUAGAACUGAAGAAGGCCUUUGCAGAAUUGCAAGCCAAAAUGAUUGAUACACAGCAGAAGGUGAAGCUCGCAGACUUACAAAUCGAGCAACUGAGUCGCAUGAAGAAGCACGCUAAUCUGACCCAUGUAGAGAUCACUUCACUCCCCAAUACCACUCGCAUGUAUGAAGGAGUAGGACGCAUGUUUAUCUUGCAGUCAAAAGAUGAGAUUAAUAAUCAGCUGAUGGAGAAGCAGAAAACGGCAGAUGACAAGAUCAAGGAGCUGGAGCAAAAGAAGACGUACCUGGAGCGCAGUGUGAAGGAGGCAGAGGACAACAUCAGAGAAAUGCUAAUGUCCAGGCGGGCCCAAUGAAGUGCACCCACCGCCAUGUUUUCACUUUCCUUUCCACAGCCUGUUAUUCGUUUAAGCAUGUUUGCAUGUUCCUGGGUGAAUACAGUUAUUUCUAGGAACAGAACACAUGAAUCAUUGUUCUUUUCAACGGGGGCCAGUAAGACUGGAUGAAUAUGGGUGUGGCAUUUAGGUCACUCAGUUGUUAACCAUUGCUCCUUUCGCUGUGAUGUGUCAUGUUUACUUUUUCAUUGGGGUGUAAUAAAAAAGUUUUUUCUUUAUUUAAGAAGGUGUUGGUGUGGUAUUAAAGGUGUUUGUUUAAAUGA